GACUAUGGGCAACUCGCUCAGCCAACAAGACAACAACGCGGCAGUUGAUCUCACCGCAGAGUUCCAAGACUACGCGAAAAGUCUCGGAAAGGUGGACCUUUACGACUCGAACUUUACCUUUCGGAGAAAUGAGGCGAAACGUCUGACGAAAGAUGAAUUUGAAGAAAUGAUGGACCAGUACCAAAUACCAGAAACGCACCGUUAUGGAUCGAAGGCCAGCUCUGUUCUCACUGAACGCAAAGAAUCAGGUUCCUUUGAAAAAACCAUUCUAAUAUUUGCCCGAUCAAAAAAAAAACGAUAUGAUGUUGUUGUGGCUGAAGGGAAGCUGUCGACUAGUUUUGACUGGGAAAGGACUGGAAUUGCCGCAUGUUUGUUAGCUACUAUAAGUGGUGCAGCUUGCUAUAUGAUUGAUCCUUAUCUGGGGAUCACGGUUGGAUUUAUUGGUUUACUUAAAAUGGCUGGUAAGAUGAUCAGUGGCCCAGGCAAUCAAGAAUUCCAAGAUGUCGUCACUAAUUUCAUGAUUAAGCAGCUGAUGGCAGCUCAAGAUUUGGCUGUGAAUAAACAGGGCAAGUUUGCAUUUGUGCACGGUAGGCGCCAUACUCUUCUGGAUGAUACGAGCGACAUAAUUCCGGAGUCUAAUCAAGUACCUGAUCCUAUUAAUCUGAAGGCUGACCGCGGUACACAUCAUUCAUCAUGUUGCAUUGGUUGCUUCUCCUUCAAAAGACAAAAAACGAACAGUAAUCAUUAGCUUUGAAUGAGUAGACGCGUGUAAGUUGAUUUGAUUUUUUCUUAUUCGCUUAAAGUGUCAUUUGUUGUUAUUGUUCCGUCGGUUGUUGUUUUUUAUUGUUGUAAUGAAGGAAUUGACCUGAGAGCCGAAGGAUCUGUACACUGUUACCCAAAUAUCUGACGCAACAUACUGCAUACGAAACGAGUAAGGUUCAUAUCUAUUGUGGCUGGAACCUGUUUUCAAAGGAAUACCCGA